AUGUCGAGCAAGAGUUACACCCCGGGCAGCCAAGAUGCUCUUCAUGAAGCGCUGGCUGCAGACUUGCGUCAGCUGUUUUCCUCAGGAGUGCAGGGAGUUGGUAUGAGAACCAUCCAUGGGUUUGAUGAGCCCUUCCGUAUCCGACCAGACCAAAUGCAUGUCUACGCAUAUGGUUACGGCAAAGACUUUGCUGCCAGUUCUGUGAUUCUGUGCGCUCGCAUGAAGGUGUGGCCAGGGCGGGGUCUGGAUGCAAGGUACUGGAACAAGUUUCCUACUGGCUGUGGCAAGGCCUACGAUGCCACCUUGGUGGCCCGGUGGCUGGAGGAGGAACUACAGGAUGCUGAUGUUGAAACUCAAAAGCUGUGUAAGCACGUUUUGUCU